AUGGCAUUCUUAAACUCCAGCAAUACCUGGUCGUCCACAUUUUAUCUCACAGGUAUCCCAGGCUAUGAGGAAUAUCACCACUGGAUUUCCAUCCCAUUCUGUCUCCUUUGUCUUAUUGGAGUAAUGGGCAACUGCACCAUCUUGCAUAUUGUCCGGACAGAUUCCAGACUCCACGAGCCCAUGUACUACUUCCUGGCCAUGCUUUCCCUCACAGACAUGUGCAUGUCCAUACCCACAAUGAUCACACUCUUCAGGGUGUUAUGGUCCAUUUCCAGGGAGAUCAAUUUCAGUGCCUGUGUGGUUCAAAUGUUUUUCAUUCACACCUUCUCCUUCACUGAAUCAUCAGUGCUCUUGGCUAUGGCUGUUGACAGGUAUGUGGCCAUCUGCCACCCUCUAAGAUAUGCUACCAUUCUCACUCCAAGACUUAUCAUUAAAAUUGGAAUUGCAGCCUUUCUUAGAAGUGCCUUUCCUGUCAUUCCACCUCUAAUCAGGCUGGCCUUAUUACCCUACUGCCGCUCCCACCUUCUUUCUCAGUCUUACUGUCUGCACCAGGACAUGAUGCGCCUUGCCUGUGCUGAUGUGAAGUUUAAUGUUAUAUUUGGGUUGUUUCUGAUGACUGCACUGUGGGGUGUGGACUCUCUAGGUAUUUUUGUGUCUUAUGUGUUCAUUCUUCACUCAGUAUUAAAAAUAUCAUCUAGGGAGGGAAGGCUUAAGGCCCUCAGCACAUGUGCAUCCCACAUCUGUGCUGUGCUCAUUCUGUAUGUGCCCAUGAUUGGAUUAUCUAUUGUCCAUCGUUAUUUCAAACACUCUUCCCCCCUUAUCCAUAUCUUCAUGGCUAAUAUCUACUUAUUAGUCCCACCUGUGCUCAACCCAAUCAUCUACAGUGUGAAGACCAAGCAGAUUCGCCAAGGAAUCCUCCACAUGCUGUUCCCAAAAAAAUCAAUUCCAAUGUGA